AGUGCCGCUAAAGGUCAUAGUCUUUAGCGGCGUUUGUGGGAAAGCGCCGCUAAAAGUCAUCAUCUUUAGCGGCGAUUGUGGGAAAGGGCCGCUAAAGGUCAUAGUCUUUAGCGGCGUUUGUGGGAAAAGCGCUGCUAAAGGUCAUGACCUUUAGCGGCGUUUAUUUCUAAAAACGCCGCAAAAGUUAGCGACGCUGUCAAUAGCGGCGUUUUUUUUGCUGUAGUGAUGCUAUGUAAAUGUCCCUAUCUUGUUUUGCAGGAUUGGUUACAAUUACAAACGUUUUAUAAUAGGCUCAACAAGAACUUGCGAUUGAGUCUCAACAAAGCAUUCGCAAGGGUGUUUGUAUCAAAGACUUACGCGAAGGGAUGCCAAUUGAUUGAAGACAUGACAAUGAAUUCCUACAUGUGGUUUGUUGAAUGGUUCACGUACAGAGCUAAAAAACCAACUGUGAAUGUGGUUGGUAAGGAGGAUAAGUUCCAACAACCCCUCGAGAGGUUGAACAAUCUCAAAGUUAGCUUGGCUCAAUCACAAGGUCCCAACCAGCCCCAUCUAAUGAAUGCAAAUGUAGGGCACAAACAUGACGACGCUAAAUGGGGGAGCCACCAAGAAAAUGCUCAUUCUAAGGAAGUUCGAUGUCACAACAUAGGGAGCAGAAUACAAGAAUCUCAAGACUACCAUCGGUGUCGUGACACAGCCAUGGGAUGUCGCGACACACCCCUAAAGCUACCCUGAACCUGAGCAUACUACCUUCGAUGUCGCAACACAGGCACUAAGGUGCCGCGACAUCGGUUCUAUACGAGAAAUACUUACGAGCCAAUGUUAGUUUGGUCCGCACAAUCAAAACUUAAACACGAGAGUGUUUACUUACCUAGGGUUGAGGACGACGAAAAUCAUAACUCUAUAAAUAGGCUCUUAAACACUUGUUAAAGACAGCUUUUUAUAUUCUAAGUUUUUCUUUGUAGAUUUAGUCUUUAGUUUUUCCUUUCUUUUAGGAUUUAAGUUUAUUUCAGUCCUUUGGAAGAAUAUUCUGCACCGUUUACACCGCAAUGCUUAACAGUCUAUAAAGGUUUAAAAAGGAGUGGGUGAGUUUUACAAGCUUAGUGAAUAAUUAGAAUAAUUACCACGGAAACAUGUCAUCAUGCAUUAUCGAAACAACUGUAUAGCGUAAUUACAACAUUAUUCAUUAAUUGUCAUAUUACUUGUUCAUGCAUUAUUCAUUAAUUCAUUUACAUAGUAAUCACAUGCUCAUUUAGGCAUAUAUGACAUUACACAUAUUCACAUUUUAUGAUAAUUUGGCACUUGUGCUAUGAAACAUAAAACUGGGUUCUAUCACCACUCAUCAGA